AGGUACGUUGGAACAGCAGUGAUAGCACAGUGAUGUUGUGCUUCCGUCUUCUGUUUGUUUUUUUUUUCUCUCUCUCUAAAACGGGAACCAGCCUUCUCGCUUUUUGUUGUUUUCAACUCUGGGAGUCAGAUUCCAGCAGCCCCACCCGACCUUUCCUCCGUGAAAACCACUCCAUCUCGCACCCCGCGCAGCGCAGACCAGGAGACGGAAAGGGCAAGCCGCUUUUCACCGAUUCUCCACCGCCGAGUUCCAGAUCCUGGCUCACAAGAUCGGGUUCAUGGACUCCUCUGCUAGAUUGUUUGGGAGGCAGAGAUCCGUGCAUCGGAUCCUCGGAGGAGGAAUCGUUGCAGAUGUGGUGCUAUGGAGGAGAAGAGAUGUAACGGUCGGGAUUCUUCUUGGAUUGCUGGCUGCUUGGUUGGUCUUUGAAAGAUCCGGUUAUACUCUGCUGUCCUUUGUUUCUAAUGUUCUGCUGCUUUUGAUUUCCAUCCUUUUUACGUGGGCUAGGGCGGCUGCAAUUCUUAACAGGCCGCCUCCACCCAUACCAGAGAUGCACCUCACAAAAGAAGUCAUGAAUGAAGCAGCAGUACUUGUGCAUUCUCAUGUGAAUAUGGCACUCCUGGCUUUUCAUGAUGUCGCGCUUGGAAAGGACUCGAAGCUUUUCUACAGAGUAGCCAUAAGUUUAUGGCUGAUCUCGGUCAUUGGCAGCUUGACAGAUUUUCUUACUCUAUUUUACUCAAGCCUUGUUAUUGUCUUUACUAUCCCUGUGCUGUAUGAGAAGUAUGAAGAUGAUAUUGACAGAUAUCUGAAAUUGGCUUAUGUGGAGAUGCAGAUGUGCAAGGGAAUAUAUGCCGAGCAUUUUCACGAGGUUAAGAAUUGGAUUCUGGGGAAAAAGAAACCAGGCUGAUGGUGUCUGCAAUUUUUGCGAUCGACCAGGGCUUCUAUCCCCUGUUUUGCUUUUCUUCUAUGUCAAAAGCUCAAAGAUUUUGACUUUUUGAGUGCAUUUUAUGGGAUCCGGCUCUCUCCAAUUUGUGAGCAGUUAUUUUUGGCAUCAUAAGAAGAAUUUGUAGGGUUUCUUCUUUUGUUUGUUGGACUUUUCAAGUACAUGAUAUGAACCUAGGAAACAAGGAGGAGAUAGAGAUAUGUGAUUCACACAAAAUUGUAUCUUCAGCAACUGAUCCAACAAGUUUUACUCAUGUAAUUUGUGUCGAGUUCUGUUUCUACAUUCUCACGUUAUCCAAGUCUACUUUCUUUUAUUGAAGUCAUUCCUUUCAAUUA